AUUUGAGGAAUCAGACGGUGACCAUGGUGCAGACAUGUCUUCGAAGGACGUCAAGGUUCAUUUCAGCGACCAAACAAAAGAUAUCUUCGGCAUGCCACAACCUUGGGGUGGACAUGUGAAAUGGAGUAAGGAACCUUUCAGUGAAAAGACAUCAGAGUUUAAGAGGUCUUCCAUAGAAAUCCCUCUCCAUUUCAAGAACAAUCUAUCUGAGAGACCAGACGAUAACUAUUCUGACUAUAGGACAGAAGCAUCUUCAAAAGGCGACCCUCCUGAGUUCAACAACGAAAGCGUUUUUGCAUCUGAGGACUUCUUUCUUGGUGACCUUUCAGAAAACAGGCCCACUGGACGUCCCAGCUCCAGAAUGGACAUCGGCACCCUCCUAGUGGUGCCCCCUCCUGGAAAAAUCAAGUUUCUGUCGGUGAAGCCAAACUCUGUGAUCCUGAGCUGGGAAAGCCCUGAGGAGCCAGAGGCACCAAGGAGCUUCAGGGUUAAGUGGAGCUCUACAAAGAAGGAAGAGGGCUGCCUUGUCAUCAGAGAUUUUAAUAAAAUUGAAGUCGACAGCCUCCAACUUGGACAACUGUAUUACUUCAGCGUGGCAACACAGGACGAGGAUGGCAGUUUGAGUAAAGCGGUCACAAAAUCCACUUUCACAGCGGUGCCGCCCCCUCGACGUGUAAGCAAAAUGCACAUAGAGGCCACAGCUCUGUCCGUGGAAUGGACCAAAGGAGUUAACAUGGAGGAAAUUCCACAUCGAUUCCUUCUUACAGUCACAAGUGAAGGAAAAGAGCCCCAAGUGAUAUACACUGGAGACUGCAACAAGAAAUUCUCUGAUUUAGAGUCGGACACAGAGUACAAAAUCUCUGUCUGUACAGUGCUGAACGAUAGACACAGUGAAGCAGUUUCUAUCUCUGUACACACAGAGCCAACUCUCGGGGAGGUGCUGCCAGUUCUUGGACUUGAAGACCAGUAUGACAACAAGCUCACACUCCGCACCGUAAUGGAGAUCAAUCAGAAUGACAUAUCUGAGAACAAACUGGAGACUCCAGAGUCGCUUCCUGAGGCCUUUUUGAGGAGACUAAUGAUGCUGAACACAAACGCGAGAAGUGUCAGAUGUGCGUCCCGCAAUGUGGACACGGACAAAAGCAACGCCGUCAAUCCCUUGGACCUGAUAACGGCCCUGUUUCUCUGUUCAGAUGUGAUUCUUCACCAGCACAUAGUUCUAAAAAUGGCCCUCUGCCAGUUUGCUGUCCCGCUCCUGCUGCCCAACUGUAACAGCGGAGAAAUCACAAUGAUGCUGUGGUCUAUGUCCGACAUCGUUCGAACCUUCAGACCCUCCCAGCAGGCAUUCCUAAAGCAGAUCUGUAAAGAAAGACUUGUGUUCUCUGAUAUUCCCCUGGUAUCAUUUGUCAGGCUGGGAAAGAGGUUCUUGUCCAAGUCUCAAAUGUUGAACAAACUUCUAAGUAACGCUCAGCACUACCACGACACAUUUUAUCACAGCAACAUGGUGUCUGGUGACGUCCCCAGGAGAAUUUCAGAUGGGCUAGUCGAAAUCAGCUGGUACCUCCCUUGUGGAGACAGAAACGUAGACAAAUUCACUGAACCGCUGGCAGUUACCAACCUCAGAGGAGACAUCAGGACCUUUGACAAGCAGUUCUCAUUCCUCUGUGAGACAUCUGCAGCUGUGUACAUCUUCUGCGAUGAAUCAGAAGCAGAUUACAUCAAGAAUCUGCAUAAAAAACAGGUGACAGCAAAGGUCUUUUUGAUUAGCAGCAGACAGGGAAAACACUUCACACUCAAAACGGUGACGAUGAAACCAAGCUUGAAGAUAACUGACGUCAGUGAGGCAAAAAAGACUGAUACAGAGCUGGUAAAGGUCCUGCAGGAAUCCCUCUCUUUGUUGCUUGAGAGCAACCCAAACCAAAUGUCAUUGGCAAGCAUGGCUGAGAGAGCUCACUGCUGUGAGAUCCUGGUUGAUGAUGACAACGACAAAUACGAGAGCGCUUGUAAUAAUGUCAGUAAAAUCCUUCAACAUGUCAAAAACACCGCAGAGUUCAAAGACAAACACCUGUCUUCCCAAGCACUCUCGUGGUUGGAAAGUGAGCACUGGAGGCUGCGUAAAGUUGGCAAACAGAGCCCUGAAAAUUACCGGAAGUCUUUGAAAGCAAAAGAAGACGACCUCAGAAUUAAGCAGCAAAUCAUGGGGAUGCCAGCUGGGAUGUUAGGCUUCACUCGUGGGCUGGUUACCUCAGAGGUGCAACGCCUCUAUUUCCUCAAAUGGUUGGAAAUAAAAUUGGACUAUGUGUGCCGGCACCAGCUGUCACCUCUGGAGAACCGAUACCAAGAGCUGAGUGAGAAAUCUCCAAAAGACACUCAAAAAAUUGCAGAGAUUGACAAGCAAAUUUCAGUUUGUUCCUUACGAGUGGAGCACUUCCUUCGAGAGUGUGGGCAGCUGUACAAACUUGCAAGUCACCUGCCAGAACACUCGAGCCAGAGAAAAACCAUGGAACAACUCCCUGCAACGUGCGCCCACAUGCUGCUGGACGGUUUCCCUCUGGAGCUUGUUGACGGAGAUGCAGCAAACAUCCCAUUGAAAUGGAUCACUGAUGUGCUUACUGAACUCCACCACAUUCUGUAUUCCAAAAGCAAGCUCAAGGUCAUAACGAUCAUCGGAGCAGAAAACUCGGGGAAAUCGACUCUGCUCAACACCAUGUUUGGGCUCAGGUUUGCUGUCAGCAAGGGGAUGUGCACCAGAGGGGCGUUCAUGCAGCUGAUCAGCGUCAACAGCAGAGUCAGGGACGAGCUGGGCUGUGACUGCAUCCUGAUCAUUGACACCGAGGGACUGAAGCCACACCAGAUGCCUCGAGGUGAUCACAGCCACGAACGAGACAAGGAAGUAGCGAGUCUUGCUGUGGCACUCAGCGACAUCGCAAUCGUGAGUGUUUCCAACUCUAGAGGGGACGACGUCUUGGAGUUGGUGCUUCAUGCUUUCACAAGGCUAAAGGAUGUGGGCAAGAAGCCACUGUGCCAUUUUGUACAUUUCAACACGCCUGACAUGUCUGCUGCAGAGACGAGGGAGAGAAAUAAAAAGUUGGUGGAAGAACUCGAAGAAAAGAUCCAGAACGACGAUGAAAUGAAGAAGGCCAACAUCACUGAGCUCUCAGACGUGAUGCAGUUCAACAUAAACACUUCUAACUGGAAUAUUCCUCCAUUUUGGCAGGGGAAGCCUCCGAUGGCUCCUGUCAGUGUUGGCUACAGUGAGUAUGCACUGACAUUGAAAAAACAACUGAUAAAGGACCUCAAAAAGUGUCCAAAAAGAGGUGAUAUGAUGGAUUUUAUCAAGAGGGUAGACCGCUUCUGGAAGGCUCUAUGA